AUCCCGAUCCCGACCCCGGUCCCGAUCCCGGUCCCCAUCCCGGUCCGGAUCUCGCUCCCGGUCCCGCUCCCGGCGCGAUGUGAUCGCUCCCGCACCAUGUCCCGGCAGCGAGACCUGGACAAGCUGCUGUCGGACCUGCGCUCCUUCCUGCUCCUCCUGGACCGCGAGAGCCUCAGCGCCGCCGCUCGGGCCAAGAAAAGCUCGGUGUGGGAGCUGCUGGGGCGGCUGCAGGGCCCGGCAGAGGAUGCAGAGUACAUGAUCAUGCGCUGCCUCUCGCCCUCCCCGGGGCCCCCUCAGGGCCGGGCCAGCCCGGGCUCCGGGAGCGCGGAUGCAGCGGGAGGCAGAGCCCGGCCGGGCCCGCCCGGAGCGAACAAGGAGCCGGGCGUCCCCCUGACCCCCCCAGCCCCUCCAGCCGAUGACUCCUACGAGGACACCGAACCCGCCGGGCACGGCAGGACCGGCGGCGGCGACAGCGACAGCAGCCACUACGAGUCGUACGGAGAGGGGGAAGAGGAGGAGGAGGAGGAGGGGGUGAAGGACCGGGCUCAUUACCUGCGCUCCAGCGCCGAGGCCGAGCCCCCCGGGCGCCCCGAGCCGCAGCUCUGCGGGUUCCUCUGGAGGAAGCGCUGGCUCGGGCAGUGGGCGAAGCAGCUCUUCAUCGUCCGGGAGCACGUGCUGCUGUGUUUCAGGUGCGCCGCUGACCUGCAGCCCGUGCUGGAGCUGGACCUGCGCGGCUGCCGCGUCACCGCCAAGGACAAGCGGGGCAAGAAGAUGCCCCACGCCCUGAAGGUGACAGGGACGGCGGGAGAGGUGCUGGUCAUCGGCUUCCAGAGCCGGCAGCAGGCCGAGGACUGGAGGAAGGUGAUCGAGGAGGUGAGCAGCGAUGCCCCGAGCGGGCUGGCAGCGCUCAGUGUCCCUGCGUCACCUCCCUCGAGGCUCAGCAGGCUCGGCAAGGAGGAAGAGGAGGAUGAGAAUCGCUGCCGGCAGAGCCCGGCCCGCAGCCCGCGGCCCGGAGAGGACGGCAAAGGAGGGUUCCUGGCCGUGCGGCUGCGGGGCCGCUGGCAGCGCCUGUGGUGCGCGGUCCGGCACGGAGCCCUGCGCAUGUUCGCGGAGCCCGGCGCUGCCCAGCGCCCCGUGUGUGCCCUGCGCCUGGACGGCUGCGAGGUGACCCCCGGGGCGGCCGCCGGAUCCCCCCAAAACCUCCGGAUCCGAAUCGCCCAGCGCGGCCGGGAGCUCGCCCUGCUGCAGGCCCGUUCGGACGAGGAAAGGGAAGCGUGGCUGAAGACCCUGCAGGCCAGGGGAGGAGCGGAGCCAAAGAAGGGCGACGGGCCCCCCCCGAGACCCCCCAGGCCGAGCAGCCGCCCCGCUGCCGGGGGGCUGCUGCUGCGCCGGGUGCCCACCCCCAACGCCUACAUGGACGAUCCCUUCGGGCAGCCCCCGCCAGCCGAGACCCCCAAACACCUCUACUCCAACGCGGAGCGGCUGCAGCAGCUGCAGCGGAGCCUGGACCGGGCGGCGCAGGGGCAGCGCCCGAGAGCCGCGUCUGCCGUGCCCAGCCGUGCCAGCAGCCCCGCCCCGGGCGGUGCCCGGCCCGCGCACGCCGCUCUCCGGGCCCGGCCUGCCAGUGCCCAGCUGCCCCAGGACAGCCCCAGCCUGCAGAGCCGGGAUCUGUGCCUGUCCCAGCACCCCCUGACCCUGCCCCACAGGAGGGGGACGCAGGAAGGGCUCGAUGUCCUCGUCGGGCAAAGAGCCUUUCCCAGUCUGGAGCAGCAGGCGGGGCAGCUGGAGAGGGGCAUGCAGGGCAGGCUGAGAGCCGGCUCCGAGAUGAACCUGCUGGCCCUCGGGAAGUCCCUCAAGGGUCACAUCGCUGCCACCGCGGCUCAGCUGGCUCCGAGGGAUCAUUCCUCAGGCCGCUGCUGAAGCGCACCACGUCGGCCAGGAGCGCCCUGAGGCCGGCGCCAUCCCCGGUCGUGGCAGGGAAGGGAAAUGUGAUGAGGAAGACAAAGGAAUGGGAGAUGAAAUCUGCAAUGUGAGCACCACAGAGUCUCCCAGAGAACAUCGGGCCGCGCGUGGAUCGUGCAGGACCAGCCUGGGAUCAGCCUGGAAUUCGACUUUUACCCACCAGUAUCAACGCUACCAC